ACAGCUAUAACGUCUCUAAAUUUUCCAAUAACUUGGAUUAUAGCAAUACUGGUUUGAACUAUACAAACUUGCAGGAUGACAACUAUAAUAGCCAACAACUUAAUAAUGAUAAUAGUGAAUCAUGGUCUAAUCAUUAUAACCACAUUUGCAGUAAUAAUCAACGGUCCAAACAGAAUACAGAUUUGGAACUUGGUCAAGAAUUUGACGAUUUGACUUAUGACAGUAAUGAUCAGCAGUCUGAACAGAAUACAGAUUCGGAGCUUGGCCAAGAAUUUGACGAUUGGACUUAUGAUAAUUCAGAAGAUACGUCAAUGUAUAGUGAAAAUAGAUUUAAUACCGAUAUUGAUUGUA